UACAACAAACAUCUCAUAAACCCGCCUAAUCUCCAAUAGUGAAAACAAUAGUGAUCCAGUUAAAACUGCAGUUAUUCUCCACAUUUUUUAAUGCCCUUUAUUUCCGACGAUGUCCGAAAAUCCGGGAUUCCUGAAGGAAGACAUGGAACUGCACAAGCAGGAAAAUGGGAAGGAGACUAAGGAUGAGAAUCUUGUAGUAACACCUCCCAUAGAAUUCGCCAGCGGACCAGAUGACCAAAUUGAAAACAGGGCCACGUGGGGCAACAGCAUAGAAUUCCUCAUGUCCUGCAUAGCCAUGAACGUUGGUCUGGGUAACAUCUGGCGUUUUCCCUUCGUGGCCUAUGAAAAUGGAGGAGGAGCCUUCCUGAUCCCUUACCUCAUCGUCCUUAUAUUCCUGGGUAGGCCUAUGUACUACCUGGAGAUGUGCCUGGGUCAAUUCUGCAGUCGUGGCAACGUUAAGAUGUUUGAAAGUUUGGCACCGGCACUAAAAGGUGUUGGUUAUGGGCAGCUCAUAGGUACGGUCUGCGUAGCAACGUACUACUGCUCCUUGAUGGCCUUGACGUUGUUCUAUGUCGUGCAUUCUUUCACGAACUACUUACCCUGGUCAGAAUGCGACCCCGCUUGGGACAAUCACAGUCUACUCCAAAAUUUAACUUGUAUCGCCUCCAAAUCGGAAGGAGGGAGCAAUUUCAAUGGAACCAUCAGCUCGGCAGAGCUUUGGUUCAGGAUCGAAGUUUUGAAGGAAGAAUCUGAUCUAAGUAAUGGUAUUGGGAUUCCAGAUUGGCGCCUUACUAUAUGUCUGUUCGUGGCGUGGUUGCUAACCUUCGCUGUGUGCGCAAAAGGAGUUCAAACCUCGGGUAAAGCUUCCUAUUUCUUGGCCAUAUUCCCUUAUGUAAUCCUAGGUGCCCUGCUUAUAAGAGCUGUUACUUUGGCAGGAUCAGGAACUGGUAUUUUGUAUUUUAUCCAACCUCAGUGGGAGAAGCUUUUGAGCGCAAAAGUAUGGUAUAACGCGGUAACGCAGUGCUUUUUUUCUUUGAACAUCGGAUUUGGAUCAGUUACAAUGUACGCCUCGUAUAACAGUUUUAGGCACAAUGUCUACAGAGAUGCCAUGGUGGUGACCACUUUAGACACAUGCACAUCAUUAUUGGCGGGAUUCAUCAUAUUCGGAAUUUUGGGUAACUUGGCCUAUAAAAUGGACGUUGACGUCAGCCAGGUGGUGAAGUCUGGUGGUACCGGAUUGGCAUUUAUAUCGUACCCGGAGGCGAUCGCCAGAUUUGAAGCCGUACCAUGGCUCUUCGCGUUACUAUUUUUCUUCAUGCUCUUUGUACUAGGCGUGGGCAGCUUGGUGGCAAUGAAAGGAUGCGCUUUUACCGUAGUUAUGGAUUCCUUUCCUCAUUUAAGGAUAUGGCACGUCUCUCUAGCAACAGCGAUCGCAGGGUUUCUGAUUGGACUUGUCUACAUAACACCGGGAGGGCAAUGGAUCUUCACAAUGGUAGACUUCUUCGGGGGAACCUUCAUCUUCUUCGUUUUGACGAUCGUUGAAAUAGUGUCAAUAAUGUGGUGGUACGGACUGGAAGAAAUUUGUUUGGACAUAGAGUAUAUGCUGAAGAGGAAACCAGGGAUCUACUGGAGAAUAUGCUGGUGCAUCGUCAUUCCAAUGGCUUUACUAGUGGUAUUCGUUUACUUUGUGGUGACUCUAGAAGAACUGACUUAUGAAGGACAGUCGUAUCCUUCAUACAUAAUCGUUUGGGGGUGGGUCUUAUUGGGCGUAGGAGUCAUACAACCACUAGUAUGGUUCCUGGUUGAGGUACUGAAGCGGCGGGAGGCAGAAGGUUGCAAUCAGGCUGUCAAGUCUCUGUUCUUGCACGACAGCUGGGGACCUAAAGACCUGAAGAAAAACAAGAAGUGGCAGGAGUUCAAGGCAAAGGAAAAGCAUGCUAGAAAAUUGAAGAACAGAAGUUGGAUUGUUGAUAAGCUCUGUAUACUUAUAGGGAGAUAGGGCGUAGUAGCUAAAUUGUUAAUUUUAGAAAAGUUAGAGUUUACGAAGUGUUGUGAUUUUGUUAGUAUUAUUGUUAAAAUAAAUGAAAAGUGAAAAGCGAAUACGAGUGAGUCUCAGAUUGGUGUGAAGAUUUGUGAGAAAUGAUUUUGUUGGAGUUAUUUUUGGUUACAAAAUAUAAAUCUUACAAUUAUUUAUUCCUAGUAAAACAAAAUAUGAUUUAGCUAAUUUUUUAUUUAUCUCAUUUAAUACAAAAAUCCUGUGCUAUCAAAUCAUUACACUAUUUAUACUACUAUUUACCAGAAACUUAUAAUUAAAAUUAUCUUUUUAUUGCAGUAGAGACUUCCAAGAAAAGCUAGUGUUUAUUUUUCUCUUUUUUCCUGUUCGAUUUUACAAUUAUAUUCUCACCUUUGUGUUAUUUUUUAUAUUUUUGCGGUACACCCUAGA